UGUGUGAUCCGUUUCUCUGUGUCAGACCAGUUUCCCAGAAUAGCAACUCGUGCAGCUUGUCUGCUGCCGCGCGCUGGAGGAGAUGGAGGAGGAAGUCAGUGGUGGAUUUAACAACUGUUGCUUUUGAUGCUGUUGCUGCUGCGGAACCAACUACCUUUCAGUUCGCGCUGCAUGGUACAUGUCGGACAAGAAUGAAUCCAAUUCCAAGACGAGACAUGCAGACGGGAUCAAUGUGCAAGUUCGUGGGAUUAUAUAAACUCCUCUGUAUUUAAGGGAGGUGGAGACAACUUACCACCCCCUACCCCCUCCCUCCAGUUUUGACUGAAAUUAUCAACACAUUUUGCACAAGGGAGCCACUUAAAGCACUCCCUAAAGAAUCUGAGAUGGAGGUUUCCGAAGACUAUUCUUCUAGACAGCAUUGCCAAGGGAUAGCCGGCGUUGGUCACCGGAGAUUUCCUCCAACCCCAACCUGUGCAACCUGAGCCCAGGCCCAGGGAUUGUGUCAUGGACAACGUCUCCCAGUAACGGCCAAUGCUCUCCCAGUGAGGAGAACUCGAGAAUGUUGGUGGAUAUCUCAGCGCCUAAUGGACAGACGGUUCCUCAAUGUCCUACUUCCCCAAAUGUGCUGACAAUUAAGCAAGAGGAAGAGGUGGCGGAAGAGGCUGACAACAGCAGCCUGGCACCUGAAGAAAUUGGCCAAACAGGGGAUGAAGGAGCAGCAGUGGAGGACUCUGUGGUUGGCAGCCUAAGCAACGUGCAGAACGGGUUAUCUGGGCCAAAUGCACCGGCUGACGCAGGAAAUCGACAAUCGCAUGGUGACAGGCCGUUCCAGUGCAACCAGUGUGGCGUGUCGUUCACCCAGAAGGGAAACCUGCUGCGACACAUCAAGCUGCACACGGGUGAAAAACCCUUCAAAUGCCCCUUCUGUAACUACGCCUGCCGGCGCCGUGAUGCCCUCAGUGGUCAUUUGCGGACUCAUGCUGUUGGCAAACCACAUAAAUGCAACUAUUGUGGACGGAGUUACAAACAACGCACAUCUUUGGAGGAACAUAAAGAGCGUUGCCACAGUUACCUGCAGGGUAUUGGCUUGGACCCUACCACCAACACUGGCUCUUACACAGGUGAGGUUCCAAAAGAUCCCAAGCCCAUGGCAGAGGCCAACAGUAUGGCUACAUUUGACCGGCCCCCUGUUAUUGAAAGGCUGCACAAUUUAGGCAAGAGGAAGAGCACCACCCCUCAGAAAUUUGUGGGUGAGAAGAUGGUUCGUUACAGUUAUCCUGAUAUAGGCUUUGAAAUGGGCCUUAAGUAUGAAAAGCAAGCUGAGCUGCUUCCAGCCCACAUGAUGGACCAGAACAUCAACAAUACCAUGACAUACCUGGGAUCAGACCACCUACGUCCCAUGCUCCAUCAUCCUGGUCCUCCUCUUUCUAUGGCUGAGGUGGUACCAAUUGUAAACCCCCUCUACCAUCAUGUCCUGCCGCUGGGCCAACGAACAGAACGUCCAGGAAACUGUGACACACUUCCACUACAGUCAGCUCAACACCAUGAGUUCCACAGCCAUCCCACUUCAAAUGGUCCCACUGUCUUAACCAGGCAGAUCAAGCCACCCCAGCCAGGACAGGAGGACUCACCCAGCAACAGUGGUGCUGACUCUGCUGACUCAGCUCGCAGCAGCCCUCAGGAGAGGCAAAGCUACCACAGCAACAAUGCCCCUCCUGGCCUCAGGUCUCGAGCCAGUCCAGCUGUGGCCUAUUCAGGUGAGCGGGUUAGAGAUGCUUCCCCCAGAAGUGGGGCAGGAGUUGUAACUGGGAUGAUGCGAGUGGCAGCAGAAAGACCUGCAAACCAGGAAGGGGUGCGGGUAUUUGGGCGAGAGGGCCAUGAGUUGCGGGCCUUCCAGUGUGAGCACUGUCGAGUGCUCUUCCUGGACCAUGUCAUGUACACCAUUCAUAUGGGUUGCCACGGUUACAGAGAUCCACUGGAGUGCAACAUCUGUGGUCACCGAAGCAAAGACCGCUAUGAGUUCUCCUCUCACAUAGUCCGUGGGGAGCACACCUUCCAGUAGGUUGUGGGUCAGAAUCAAGGGGAAGAUUAAGAGAUAAAUGGAGCAUUAGCCUGAUAACUAUAUUGAUCCCCUCUGAAACUGCAUCCUCAAAUGGCACUGGUGACAAGUGUAGCACAAUCAAAGACUUCUUUUUAAGCUACUUAUUGUGAAUUGGAACUGAUGAACAAAUAAAUGAAGGUAUGGGCCAAAGACAAAUUUUCUACUUAUUUAAUUAAUGUAGAGCAAAGAAGGUAAGUUUUUUCUGUUUUAUUUUCUUUUAUAUUUU